CUCUGAUUUUCCGCAUUUACGUUCAGGGCAAAAUGAAGCACGGUCGUGUUACGGAGCUUCCGGAGGACUUCUGGAUCCCCAUACCUCUGGAUACAGACAACAUCACAGCUUUCAGCCCCUUCCUGAUCCCCCAGGACCAUCUAGCAAGCUCAGCCACCUACUAUGGAAUGGCAGCAUACAUGCUUUUUUUAUUCACUGCGGGCACCUCCAUCAAUGCGCUUACAGUUGCCUGCACCAUGCAAAACAAAAAGCUCCGGUCCCACCUCAACUACAUCCUGGUGAACUUGGCUGUUGCAAACCUUCUUGUGGCCUGUGUCGGAACCUUUAUGGCCGGCUGCGCCUUUGCAUCCAGAUAUUUCAUCUUCGGACCACUAGCAUGCAAGAUUGAAGGUUUUGUGGCAACACUUGGUGGGAUGGUAAGCCUGUGGUCUCUUGCUGUGAUAGCUUUUGAAAGAUGGUUGGUCAUCUGUAAGCCACUUGGGAACUUUAUUUUCAAGCCCGACCAUGCCAUAGCUUGCUGUGCAUUCACCUGGGUGUUCGCACUAAUUGCCUCAGUUCCCCCACUGUUCGGAUGGAGCAGGUAUAUCCCAGAAGGCAUGCAGUGCUCCUGUGGUCCUGACUGGUACACCACCGACAACAAAUAUAACAAUGAGUCCUAUGUGAUGUUUCUCUUCUGCUUCUGCUUUGCUGUUCCCCUCGCCACCAUUGUCUUCUGCUAUACCCAGCUCCUCAUCACACUGAAAAUGGCAGCAAAGGCCCAAGCCGAAUCUGCCUCCACCCAGAAGGCAGAGCGUGAAGUGACCAGGAUGGUGGUUGUCAUGGUGCUGGGCUUUCUGGUGUGCUGGAUGCCUUACACUACCUUUGCUCUUUGGGUCGUCAACAACCGCGGGCAGCCUUUUGACCUGAGAUAUGCUUCUAUACCUUCUGUCUUUUCCAAGUCCUCUACAGUGUACAACCCAAUCAUCUAUGUUGUCCUCAACAAACAGUUCCGCUCUUGCAUGAUGAAAAUGCUGGGGAUGGGUAGUGGAGAGGAUGAUGAAUCAUCGUCAACGUCAGUGACCGAAGUCUCCAAAGUUGGGCCUGCUUAGACUGAACAUCAAGACUGUUGACUUCUCUGCCACCUACUCCUGUGAAUUGUAAAUAACAGUAAAUGUACGUGUGUUUUGUCAUAUGAAAAAAUCAGUGCGUUCUCAUUCCCAGGGCGUCAAACACGGCAGCAUUACCGAUGACCGUUUGCAUAUGAUUCCGACACAUAAGGCACCCUUAAGCAUCUGCACAGAAUGUAUCAGGCUAUCAGCAAACUGCAGACAAAACCUAUCCGCUACAAUGACGGAGUAUGAAGAGCAAAAAAAGUUCCCUUAGGGAAGGGAGAGGAGAGAAAGAAAGAGAAGGUGGAUAGGUCAAACAAAUAUAAUACUUUCACCCUGAAAACAACCCUUCGUGUGUUGUGUAAAACCAAAGU